UUUGUUGAAAAGGGUCCUUCUUGUUUAUGUGAGUCAUGCUUUUGCUGUGAGCAAGUUGGCAGCUCUAAGCAGGACUGGGAUCUCUGUUAUAGAAAACUGUUUCUUCUCCUAAUCUUAACGUGGAACCACAAAAAAAUAUCUUAAAUAUAUAAUUUUUUUGUUCUUCCUCAUUUUAUUUGCUUUUUUACCCCAAAAUCUUGUUCUCUGCCUGUGUUGCUAUGAAUCGCCUGCUAUGUUAGCAGAAGCAUCUCCUGCAUUGGCAUCAGAUUUGCCAGAACAUAUGCAGGAAAAUAUAUAGAAGGGCAUGCUUCAACGUACCAAGUAUAACCGCUUCAGGAAUGAUUCAGUGACAUCAGUUGAUGAUCUUAUUCACAAUUUGUCCAUGAACAGCAAGGUUUCAGCAGUUGCUACAACUUCGGCAGCACCUUCAUACCUGGUCACUCCAGAGGUUCUCCGCAAGGACCAAGAAGAUGGACCCACCACUCUGUGUACCCUCAUCCAUAAAGUGUCCCACUUGAAAUUCUCUAAUACAGGCAGCCUUUUGGGUAUCAAAAACCUGUCCUCUGCAGUGAAGGAGCUUGCAGUCUCCAAGUUACAGGGAAGCUCGAGUGCUUCCAGCUCAGCAGCAGAAGCUUUUGACAACACAUGUAACCUUGUCUCUGCUACUUCGUGUUUGCAGCAGGACCUGAGCAAGAUGAAUAUGGGGAGAAAAACACAGUCAGAGGAAAUGCGCCCCGGAGAUGAAGACUGGAAUCAAAGGAGCAGCAUUGUCGAUAAACCCUCUCAAGGAUGGCUGCACUGGAGUGAGAAGAUCCUGGGACCUGGUGUGACGUACAUGGUGAAGUACUUGGGGUGUAUAGAAGUCUUGCGUUCAAUGAGAUCUCUUGACUUCAAUACUAGAACACAAAUUACAAGGGAAGCAAUCAGUCGUGUUUGUGAAGCUGUACCUGGUGCCAAAGGAGCCUCCAAGAAACGAAAGACACCGAACAAAGUUCUGUCCAGCAUCUUGGGAAAGAGCAAUCUUCAGUUUGCAGGAAUGAGCAUAAUGCUGAAUAUUUCUACUGCAAGCUUAAACCUUAUGACUCCUGAUAUGAAACAGAUCAUAGCAAAUCACCAUAUGCAGUCUAUCUCUUUUGCAUCUGGAGGUGACCCGGAUACAACUGACUAUGUUGCAUACGUAGCUAAGGAUCCUGUUAAUCGGAGAGCUUGUCAUAUCCUGGAAUGCUGUGAUGGCCUUGCCCAGGAUGUCAUCAGCACCAUUGGGCAAGCAUUUGAGCUUCGAUUUAAGCAAUACUUGCAGUGCCCCUCUAAGAUACCUACUUUCCAUGAUAAGAUGCAGAAUUUUGAUGAGCCAUUGAUGGAGGAAGAGAGUGCAGCAGCAGAACAUCCCUAUUAUAAUAAUAUCCCAAAUAAAAUGCCCCCUUCUGGUGGCUUCAUUGAUGCCAGACUCAAAGCAAAGAUUCCCACUGCUGCAGAUACAACUCAGUUUGCAGCAGGAAUGAAAAAAGAGAAGAUCUAUUACCAGAAUCGUCACGUAGGAGACCAAUUCAAUGAAGACUGGCAUCAGGAGACUGUUAAGCAAGAUAUUUAUUGUAUGCCAAAAGGGAAAUCACAAGCAACCACUGCAGCAGAGAUGCCAACGUAUGUGAACACACAGCAUAUAAAUAUGGAAAGUCUACUGGCACUUCUGGCAGAUGCUGAAAGUGACAUCAGUGGAAACACAGAUAGUACCAAAGAGAGCAGCCCAGAAAAGGAUCUGUUUGAUAUGAAACCAUUUGAAGAUGCCCUCAAGAACCAAACGUCUGAGCCUGUGCUGAGUAAAUUGACUUCUGUUGAAUGUACUAGUCCUCUCUUAUGUAGAGCUGCUGACUGGACUAGAACAGAAGAGCUGAGUAUAGAGCCAUGGUAUCAAGGAGAGAUGAGUAGGAAAGAAGCUGAACAGCUGUUAAAGAAAUGCGGAGACUUCCUUGUGAGAAAGAGUACCACAAAUGCAGGUUCUUAUGUACUGACAGGCAUGCAAAAUGGACAAGCCAAACACCUUCUUUUGGUGGAUCCAGAAGGAACUGUUCGUACAAAAGAUCGUGUCUUUGACAGCAUAAGUCAUCUCAUCAAUCAUCACCUAGAGAAUAAUUUGCCAAUAGUUUCUUCUGGGAGUGAACUCUGCUUGCAGCAGCCUGCUGAGAGGAAACACUGAGUCAAGAUAAUUAUUUCAGAUUUUGUAACUUGCAAGCUAUAACUGGUGAAAACUGCAGAUCUCAAAAUGUAUGUUAAAAAAAAAAAAAAAGCAUAUUCCCUAUAAUUCACCAGUAUAUUUUCUUUAGUUUUAAUAAACCCUCUUUCACAUGAAAAUUCUCAAUGCUUUAUGUGGAUAUGAAGCCACAACAUAAGGCUUUUUAAAAAAGUAAUUUCUAUAAAAUUGUUCCGAUUCUCUGUUGUGAAUAUUAAGUGUAUAUAUACACAUUAUACAUAAAUACUACAAGUAUUUAUAUUUUUCAAGUCAGUCUAUUGAUGUUAUAGGACUAAUCUUCUGUUACAUGUGUUUUUAACUGAAGAAAAUCACCAGUUGUGAUUGUUCAGAUAAAAACAGAAUACAGCAGUCUCAAUUUCUCAAGGGAAAAAAAAAAGAGCAUCUUAUUUAUGAUUUUAUCUAAGAAGCACAACUAUGGGGAUAACCAUUGGAUCACACUGCUUAAAUACUAUGUAAGGAGAAUGAAUUCAGCAACUUGUACUCCAACUCAGAAUUUUAACAUGAAAGGAUUUUAAAGUGUUAUUCAUUGUUCGAUAUCAAAACCAUUUUAUCUUUCUGAUGUCAAGUCUGAAUUCUUGUAUGAUACUACUCAAAGCAUUUAUAUGUAGCUUUAACAAUGAUUUGGUGUGAUCUCUUUGUGUACAAGAUGUAUGCACUUGGUUGUUUUUAAUUAUAAUAUAACAAUAUUCUGCAACUUGAAUUUAUUAAUUUGAGUGACAAAGUUAUUUGAUUAAUUUGAUAAAGUUCUCUAAUUGUAGUGAAGAGGUAGGUAUCCUUGACUGUCAGUUUCCAGUGGAGAUGUUAUAUACUGAUUAGACAAGUUCCAGUAUCUUGUGUUUAGUUGGUUUAAUACAAAACAUGAAUGGUUGGUAAAAGACGUUUGAAAAAAGCUUUUCUUCUUACAAAAAAUGAAAACUAUUAACACUUAGUGAUCAGUUUUGCAAAUGAUGUAAUUUGUGUUUACCAAGUUACUAGGUGCCUCUUCCAAAGUAUAACUUGACUUCGGCCUUCAGCAAGUGAUAGUACAAAUAUCAGGUUUUCUCUGUUUAUCAAAGAUGCAUUUCUGGCAAAUACAUCCUUGACUUUUGGUACUGGGAAAUGUUUUAAUGAAGGUUUGUGCUGUUCAAGUGCAAGGACUAUAUGAAUUUAUAUUCCUAGAACCUGUAAAAUGUAAAAUCAUUGAGCCAAAUUCAAUAGACACAGUUCCUGUUAUGGCAGAGUUUUUAGCCAGAGCCACGAUAUAGCCUUCAGCAUUUCAAGGUCACAGGCAUCUCAAAUCAAAUAAUAGACUUGAUUUGUAAUGGCCAAAACUCAGCAGGAUAAGUCUCGGUUAUGCACCUGCCUGUGCUGAAGUAGCUUUUAAGAUAUUUGCUUUUAAGGAUUUUGAAAGUUCAAGAAUUUGUUAUAUAUUGUUCAAACCGAUGAAAGAAUUCAUUUGGAAUGAAUUCAGACAACAUCAUUAUAUAUGUGUGUGUGUAUACAUGUGUAUAUAUAAAACAGAAAGAAAAAUACCCAAACACAAAAUACUUACCACAAUUUCAGGUAGUUUUCUUAGACCUUUUGCUCUGAAACAUGGUGAAGUUGCAACUUUGGAAGGUUUUUUUGUUCACAAGAACAAAAAUUGGUAAGGUCUCUAAGACUGAUCGUGUGACAUAUGCCAUAAAAGUACUUCUGAUUCUGUAAACAAGACAUUCUGAAACCAAACUAAGACAUUCAGUGAACCAAAUGUUUCCAAUUCAUUUUGAUUGCAGCUAGUUAUUAGGUUUCUAGGUCGGAGUGCAAGCUGAAACCAAAGGAAAGAAAUCAAAUAAGCAUGGCACAAAUUAGCAUGGAGUGGGACAAGUAGAAUUCUUAAGAUCUAGGUCCUUUUACCAGGUUGGAAUUUGCAAGGGAAAGUGAAGAGAUCCAUCAAACUGAUUUUAUUGAUGAGAAUCCAUUCUUACCAUAUUUCCAUUUGAAGUAUCUCAGUUGACACUUUUUUUCAUCAUAUAGAAUACCUUUGUUCUGGGCUUCUACCUUCCUACAGCCAUGAAAUGGGAAGUUUUUACCAUUAUAUCACUAGCCAUAAAAGAAGGCCACUUCAGAAAGUGUCAGGUGCCUAAUUUCUUCAGAUGCCUUCAAGAACACCACCUGCUACCUAUCUCUGUUUUAGAUUCCAAAGUAUCUUGUCAACAUAAUGCAUGGAAAAAUGUGACAAGACACAGGUGUAUGACUGAAGGCACUAAAUAAAGACUGAAAUAAGCAGCUAAUUUUUUUUACUGUUGUCCAAAUGGUAGCUUUAAUAACUUAAAAGCCAAAUAGCUGUAUGUUUUGGAAAUUAAAGCAGGUGUCAGAGACAUAAAAUGAAAAAUCUUGGCGGAAAUAUACAGUUCCCCAAAUUGUAUGUCACACACCGCUUCCAGAUUUUCAGACUUUUUUCCAGAGGCUGUUUCAGACUGUUCUGUCCACUCAUCCAAUUUGCCAAGUAUGUUCACUGAUGUUACAAGGGUUAUAUGUAGCUUGAUUGGGCACAGUUUAGUCCUACGUGUUUUGGGCUGCAAUAAUGUCCUGCUAUGGCAAUGUUCUGGGAGACUCUGGUCAGUAGCAAGGUCCAGACCCUUUUCUAAGUCACUGGGAAUGAUCUUGAAGGUAGAAAGAAGGAAAAGCAUAGAGGCAAAAGUUCCUUUUUCUUUUUUUUUUUCUUUUUUUUCUUUUCAUUGUUACUCUCAUAGAUUUGGCUUUCCUUCAUAUGACAAUGCUGUAAAAAUUGUACAGCCAUUUGGAUACAAGAUCCUAAACUGCUGCCAUUAGAGUUGAGGAGUCAGGGCUCAUUUCUGUGAGAAACAUCAUUGUAGGCAAACUGAAGAUACAUGAAGUUAUGAAAAUGAUUUGAAUGGUGUACAAUUAACUAAAUAUGGUACUGCCAACACCAUUACAAUUUGAGCCUUUUAAUGUUUGCCUUUGGAUAUGAAUCUCCUCUCCUUUUGAUUUUCUUUUCCAUGUAGUCCCACGGGCUAUACACUUACUUGUUUAAAAAUAUAAUCAUCAUGACUAUCAUAUGAUCAUCAGCAUGACUACAAGAGUUAGAAUUUAAGUGAAAGAAAAAUCUACUAGGCUCAAUAAAAAUCACUGAGAUUAGACAAUAUUGUGGUAUUCUUUUAUAUUUUUCCAGGGAAUAAUUGAGAAGCUAGAAGUGAAACUGAAUCAGAAAAUCUCAUUAACAUUUUUGAUUCCAGUUGUAUUGCUAUUCUCUGAACUACAAGCAAUGAAAAUACAUUACAUUCCUUUAAACAAGACAAGUGAAACAAGUACUUAUGAUUGAUUUUUUUAAAGAUUAAUUAUUCCAAUAAUAGCAUUUUCCAUUGAAGCUGAGAAGGCUACAUUGGACAGCUGAGGUAUAGUCACAUCCCAAAUUUUCAGGUUACCAGUUACUUCAGGUGCUUUACAAGCAACCCCAAAGGUAGAAAACAUGAGCUGAAAACUGAAUUCCUUCUAACAUCAAUGAGAGUUUGUCCCUCACUCACCUCCAUAGCAAAAUAAAAGGAUGUUCAGGUUGGCUGGUCUUCAGUGCAGAAGGGGAUGCAAUUAUUGUUUAAAUGCCAAGGACUUUGCACAUGAGGAGAGGGUAGAAGGCUGAUGUGACGCCCAUCUACAAGAAGGGCCGUAAGGAGGAUCCGGGGAACUACAGGCCUGUCAGCCUGACAUCAGUGCCAGGGAAGGUCAUGGAACAAAUCCUCCUGGGAGAGAUCACACGGUUCGUGCGCAAUGUUCACGGGAUCAGGCCCAGCCAGCAUGGGUUCAUGAAAGGCAGGUCGUGUUUGACCAACCUCAUCUCCUUCUACGACUGGGUGACCAGACUGGUAGAUGAGGGAAAGGCAGUUGAUGUAGUCUGCCUAGACUUCUGCAAAGCCUUUGACAUGGUCUCUCACAGUAUCCUUCUGCGGAAACUGGCUGCCUGUGGCUUGGACAAUUUUACCCUCUGUUGGAUAAGGAACUGGCUGGAGGGCCGUGCUCAACGGGUGGUGGUCAAUGGAGUGAAGUCUAGCUGGAGACCUGUUACAAGUGGUGUCCCCCAGGAGUCGGUUCUGGGGCCCAUCCUGUUUAAAAUCUUCAUUGACGACUUAGAUGAAGGGAUUGAGUGUACCUUGAGUAAGUUUGCAGAUGACACCAAGUUGGGAGGUGGGGAGGCCCUGCAGAGGGAUCUAGAUAAGCUGGAUCGCUGGGCUGAGGUGAAUGGGAUGAGGUUCAACAAGGCCAAGUGUCGGGUUCUGCACUUUGGCCACAACAACCCCAUGCAGCGCUACAGGCUUGGGGAUGAGUGGUUGGAUGAGUGUGAAGAGGAAAGGGACCUGGGGGUGUUGGUUGAUGCUCGGCUGAACAUGAGCCGACAGUGUGCCCAGGUGGCCAAGAGGGCCAACAACAACCUGGCCUGCAUUAGAAACAGUGUGGCCAGCAGGAGCAGGGAGGUGAUCAUCCCCUGUACUCAGCACUGGUGAGGCCGCACCUCGAGUAUUGUGUUCAGUUUUGGGCCCCUCACUACAAGAAAGACAUUGAGGCCCUGGAACGUGUCCAGAGAAGGGCAACGAAACUGGUGAGAGGUCUGGAGCACAAGUCUUAUGAGGAGCAGCUGAGGGAGCUGGGAUUGUUCAGCCUGGAGAAGAGGAGGCUCAGGGGAGACCUCACUGCACUGUACAACUUCCUGAAGGGAGGUUGUGGUGCAAAAGGGUCUGGCCUCUUCUCCCAGGCAAAUAGUAGGACCUGAGGAAACGGCCAGAAGUUAUACCAAAGGAGGUUUAGGUUGGAUAUUAGGAGAAACUUUUUCUCUCAAAGGGUGGUCAGGCACUGGAAUGGCUGCCCAGGGAGGUGGUGGAGUUGCCAUCCCUGGUAGUGUUCAAGAGGCGCCUGGAUGAGGAGCUACGAGAUGUGGUUUAGUGCUUGUGGUACUAUAGGAAUGGGAAGGUGGUUGGACUAGAUGAUCUUGCAGGUCGUUUCCAACCUUGUGAUUCUGUGAUUCUGUGAUUCUGUGAUUCUGUACAGUAGCUUCCUCCACUGCAAAUCCUACAGGGCUCUAUCAGAAAUCUAUCUGCCGUACUUGUUCAACAAAAAGAAAAGAACAAAGGAGAUAUGUCUUAGACUAGGAUUUCAGUACAAUUUACAGUACAUUUACUGCCUAUUGUUACCUGGCAACACUGAAUUUCUAAUAUUCUGUUAUCAUUCUUCUUUCCACUACAAAAUGCUCGCAUUUCUUAUUAUCAUGGUCCCUAGGCAUCAGGAUGUGCAGUAAGAGGAGGAGAAUUCAUAAAAUUUAUAUCACAGUGCAACUGUUACUGGUAUAUCAAAAGCCAGCUACAGUAUUCACCAUAGAAUGUAUGCGUAUUUUGAUAUUUAUAAGUAGUAAAUGCUCCACUUCAAAGCAAAGUUUUGCAGCCUCUAAGACAUUUGCAUCUCUAGAACAAUUGCAAUCCGUGCAUUUUCUGACAAUAUAUUACAUAUCAGCUUUCAAACCUUUGUUCUUAGAAUCCCAUAUCUGUAUGAAGUAAGUGGUGAAAUGAAGAAUUUUAUGUAAACCACAUUUCCCUUAAAAAAAAACAAAAAGAGCUGAAGUAAUAGCUACACUUUCCUUUUGAUCUACCAGUCUCUCAAUAUGCUCAUAAGAAAUCCAAAUAUACAUUUACCUAAAUUGCUGAAAAAACAUGUUGGUUUGCUCUGUCUUUUUUGUGCAAAACUUUGUUUGCACCUAUACACUCUCCAUGCUGGUUCCAAGCUGUCAGGAUAUGGAGCUAAUUACUGCUCAAAUUCUUACACACAAUGUCUGAACUUUGCUCACAUCCAUGCUGGAUGCAACUGUAACAUGCACAAGGCUGUGUAGAGGAUACACAGGCAUAAUGAUUUGCUGGCAGUUAACCAGAGACUUGGGGAGAGGCAAAAGGUGAAAAGCUGCCCUGGGAGAGAAGACCCUGGGGGUUAGAAGUAUGAGGCUUGCCAACAUGAGCCAAUAGGCAUGUAAGCCACUAAGAAGACUAAAGAUGUGUCACCAAAUUAUAAACAUGCUGAUUGGCUGAUAGGGUUAAAGCAGAACCAUAGCAAGGGAAAUUGCAAAACACUUGUGCAAUUCCUAAGGCUCAUCUUUUUUUGAGACACUCCCGAUCUGUUCCUCUGCAUUCUCCAAUAUGAGCAUAAUAUAUGGCUUCCACAGAGAGUGAGCAGUAGUUUUCAAAACCUUUUUUUGAAAUCUCAAUAAGGGGGAUAAGAGAUGCAGGUUUCUAGCCAAAGUACUGUAUAGGGGAAAAGCUAAGGAAAGGGUGUUUAAAACAUUGUUUGACAACAGCACCAGGUGUGGAAAACAAAAGAAAAAAGGAAGAUGAAACUAGA